AGGUAUAUCACAUCACAUGACUAUGUGUUCAGGUACCCAACUGGAUGUUUCUUCCGUGUUUGCGGCACUUCAUACUUUGUUCACAAUCUCUUUGACUCAAUUCUCUCUCGGGUCUGUUUGUCUAUUCAUAACGUUUGCUGAAAAUGACAAUUGAAUAUUUUUCUAUUGAGUAUGACGCCAACAACUCUAAAAACACCUUUACCAAUGGGGAUACCAUUACAGGGCGCAUCAUCCUGCAGGUUUCAAAGAAAACGCGCAUUCAGUCUCUGAUUUUUAGAGCUAAGGGGAAAGCCAAUGUUUGCUGGCAUGAACACUACGGUCAGAAUAUUCAUGUUGUGAUGACUUCUAAUGAGAAAUACUAUGACAUCGAGCGUCCCAUCUUCACAGAGGCGGGAAGAGAUGAAGUCCUCGGCCAAGGAAGACAUUCCAUUCCAUUCUCCUUCAAACUACCAGCCAGGAACAUGCCAUCCACUUUCAAAGCUACCGAAGGCAAAGUGGUCUACCAGCUGAGGGCUCAACUGAAUCAGUCAAUGAGUUUAUCAAAGAAAACCAGAGCCAAGUUCACCUUUGUGUCAAAACCAGACAUGACGAUUCCAAUGCUUAUGGAACCUCAGUAUGGUUGCAAGGAUCAAUCAGUCACAUUCUUCGCCUCUGGAAACAUCUUGUUGAACAUUUCCAUACAAAAGAUGGGAUAUCGGCAAGGUGAGGGGCUGAAGGUGGUGGCGGAGAUCAGCAACUGUUCCACUCGUGUGGUGAAGCCAAAGUUCGUCCUUUACGAAAAGAAGAGCUUCUUUGCCCAGGGCCGCAGGAGAGUACACACGCACAACAUUGUGAAAGAGAAGGGUGAGAAGGUGGGCUCGUCCUGCACACAGACCGUCGCCAAGACGAUCUGCAUCCCCCCAGAGCUGCCUCCCUCCAUCCUUAACUGCUCCAUCAUUAAGUUGGAGUAUAGGCUGAAGGUGUUUCUCGAUGUGACUCUGGCUAAAAAUCCUGAAAUCAAACUGCCAAUUAUUAUUCUUCCCUGCGUUGGUUCUGUUACUACUAAAGGAUCAGGCGUGGAGGAAAGCGCCUUGGCAUACCUGUAGAUGGAUAUUGUGUUUCUAAAUGUGUCUAGAAGUAAAAUCAAUGAAGUGGACUUCAUGCACAAUAUCAGCAACAACUUUUGUUAGUAUUGUACUUAAUUAUGUUAUAAACUAAACCUUUUAAAGUGCAGAGUAAACCAAGACGACAUUCUAAAUAAAUUAUUUUGUUUAA